AGGUAUUUAUAUCCAUACACAUGACCGUCAUGUAGAUUUUGUGAAAUAUACAAUGAUGUAUUGAUUUUUAUCCUUGCCCCAAAUCAGGACUCGGAUUCAACAUUACAAGCUGUUUGAUUGAAAUGGGAGGCCAACACGCGCUGCAAAAAGGACAAUUUACACCAGUAAAAGUCAUCUGUUUCAAUAUCCCGAUGUGUUGAUGGGGCCGCAUGGCGUCACUUACACGUGUCACUACUGUAAAGAGUUGCUGUUUGUGCCUUCGUGGUUGGCGAUGAUCAAAAUUUUCAUAAAUCAAAUCUCCUUCGUCGACUCUUCAGCAGUGGAAUUAAAAGGCUGCCAUUUGUGUGGUGCACAGGACCUGGCAUGUCACGAAAGAAAACGGAAGAAAUAGAGAGUCAUCAUUGCAGAAAUGUCAACCAAUCUUGAAAUUCUAAGCCGCCAAUUUGUUAACUGUGUCGGUGCAGCUGUCCUUUUUUUCGAAAAAACUAAAACCAACUUUAUAUGCCACCACUGAAUUGAUUUUCCAUUUUUCACGAAGGAAACACUGAAAAUGAAAUAGCUGGAAUUAGUCCCAUUCAAACAGCACCUACGAACAACGUAUUGGUAUUGACUGGAGCUGAUCAUCUUCUAAAUUCAACGGUUGUGUUCUGAAGGGAUCACAGUCGUUUUUAGACCACUACUGGCAGUGAUAUUUGGAUUCCAAAGCCAACGGUGUGAGAGAAUCUAUUGGUGCACAAUCAUCAAAUAAGAGAUAAAGCGAGAAAACGGCUCCAAAAGCAUCAACAACUUGGCGUGAAAUGGACAUGACAUAGGAUCUCAAAUACCUUCAUACAAUAUUUAUGUCUAAAAGCAAGGAUCCGCCAAGCUGUGAAAUUCCCUGGCAUUCACACGUUCACUCCUCCCAGCUUGACGCGAAAUUAUCUUGCAUGGAACCAAACAUCAGAUUAAUUGUGUUAUUUUCCUCUUAAUCGUGCGGGCCGCAUAAAAAGAGCAUCUGCGAAUCGAGAUACAAUACCAGCGCUUUACAUAAGUUGGCUGAGAGUCUUCGACCACUCAUCGUGUUCUCGACCGCGUCCUGAGUGACUGAAUAUCGCUGCUCAAAACCUGCCCAGACUCACUACACCACUCGCCGAUCAUGACGCUAGAGGAUAGAGGAUAUUACUGGGAGCCCGAGAGGAAACGAGAGCAAACACUGUUAUCGUAGACUCUCUUAAUUCCAUUACUUGCCUCUACCCGUGGAUUUCGACCAGGAAUCGCAUGACAUAACAGGCAGGGAACACGCAUGCGCGUGGAGGACUUCCAGAUUUCACACGAGCACGUUGGUUUGUUUUCUGUGACACGAAUUUGACCACUGAAUCGCCAUUAUAUCGUCACGAUGCCUUGGACGAUGGAGCUCUGGAAAUUUGGAUUUACCUGGUGUGUGAUAUUUCUUCUUCGAACAUGUGCUGCGAGAAACACGGAAAUACAUAUUGGUCUCAUGUUUGACGAGAACUCCAUCGAUUUAGAGACUAUAGUUGAGAAAGCAAUACAGAGAUAUAACAAUAAAACUGAGUCAAUUCUACGACUAGAAAGUCAUACCCGGCCAGUGAACGUUAAAGACAGUUUCAACUUUACCAAUGCCGCGUGCGGUCUACUUAACAGCGGGGCUGUGGCACUGUUGGGAGUUUCCAGUCGAGCAGUUCAUCACACAAUACAAGAUUAUACUGCCAAUCUCCGCGCACCGUUCAUUGUGCUCAAUAACCCAGCAGAUAUCAAAUCAAAGUAUCACUCCAAAUAUCAAAUAUAUAUACAACCAACUGGCAUACGUGCCAUGGUCGAUGUCAUCAAAACCUACAAUUGGGAAGAAGUGAUCUAUAUAUAUGACACAAAUGAAGCUUUAGCCCACAUAGAGCAAAUGCACGAAUUUGGGCACAUGGCAAAACACGUCAUCAAUAUUGACGUCCGUCAUGUGAAAGACGAGGAUGACUGCUUUAAACUGCUCGCCGCUAUGCACAAAAAAGACAUCGGCCGGGCCAUCAGAGUUGUCUUGGACCUUUUACCUUUCAAAGCAUCUAAAAUCAUAAAUAGGAUUAUGCGUCAACAGGACAUUUUGAAAAUGAUGUUUCAUUUUGUAAUUCCUCAUUUAGAAUUAAAGGAAUUAAAUCUGACCAUGUUCAAGAUUGGAGGAGUGAACAUCACCGGCUUUGAGCUCAACAGGGAUAUUGUAAUAAGACACACACCGGCCCGAGAAGCAUAUGCUGUAGACGCAGUGACGCUGCUGACGUUGUCGUUGGAAGAACUGCAGCAUAAACAUGGCAGCAUUGCAAUAAAGAACAGCUUCGAAAAUUUGAAUUCAAGAAUGGGGAACAACAGGCUCAUCGACUGUGUGAAAAUACACCCAUGGUCGUAUGGGGACAUGCUCACUCAGCUGCUGUAUGAGAAACGCUUUAGUGGCAAUAGCGGCUAUGUUGCGUUUGGAUCGAAUGGCCAAAGAAAAGAAUAUCAGGUCCAGGUCCUAGAGGUGUCCAUGUACAGAGGAACAGCUAACUCAGGAACAUGGAACGAGAGUGGGUUCCACGCUCAGACGCCCACGCUUGUGAUCGACAAGGCGAACAAGUCGAUAGAUAAUAUCACACAAACUGUUGUCACGAUCAAAGAUCCACCUUAUUUGAUGUUCAAGAAGAGUCCGGAGCAAGGCAUCCCCAUGAUCACCAUUGAAAGGUUUGAAGGCUUCUGUGUGGACCUGGCGGAGAUGGUAGCACGUAACCUUGGAUACGACUACUUUUUCAGACUUGUUAAAGAUGGGAAUUACGGCUCCAAGAACGAGUCCGGUAUAUGGAAUGGCAUCAUCGGAGAGUUGAUAAGACACGAAGCGGACAUAGCUAUAGCGCCGUUAACAAUAACGUCAGAGAGGGAGAAGGUAUUGGACUUCACCAAGCCGUACAUGAGUUUAGGGAUCAGCAUCAUGAUCAAGAAACCUGAGAACGAGCCUCCCCAUGUCUUCUCCUUCAUGGAACCUCUCUCCCAGGAGAUCUGGCUGUGCACCGCUUUUGCUUUCAUCGGCGUCAGUGUCGUCCUCUUCCUCGUCAGCAGGUUCAGCACCGUUGAGUGGCAAGUCGACGGUGACGAGCAGAAGCUCACGAAUGACUUCACCAUUGGUAACAGUCUUUGGUUCUCCCUCGGGGCCUUCAUGCAACAAGGAUGUGACGUGUUGCCCAAGUCUGUCUCGGGACGCAUGGUGACCAGUGUGUGGUGGUUCUUUACACUCAUCGUCAUCUCUUCUUACACUGCCAACCUGGCCGCCUAUCUCACAGCAAUGAGGAUGAGUACGCCCAUCUCAUCCGCCGAGGACCUCGCUAAACAGACCGAGAUCAAAUACGGCACGCAAAAAUCCGGGAGCACGUGGUCUUUCUUCAAUGGUUCCACAGUCUCCUUAUACCAGCGUAUGAUGUCCUUCAUGACCUCCCAGCCGGAUGUGUUUGUUAGUAAGAAUAGCGAGGGAAUAGCAAAAGUGCGGAAAGAGAACGGCAAAUACGCUUUCCUCAUUGAAUCCACAACUAACGACUACCAUAACCAACGGCGACCAUGUGACACCAUGCAAGUCGGCACCAACCUCGACUCCAAGGGAUACGGUAUUGCUACACCAAUGGGUUCAGAUAUUAGGGAUGUCCUAACACUGGCAAUAUUGGAACUGCGCGAACAGAGUAAAUUGGACGAAAUCAAGAAACAUUGGUGGUAUGCCAGAAGUGAGUGCCCAUCCGAGAAGGCGUCGCCUGUGAGUAAGGACAGUAAAGACAACGCCUUGACACUGACCAAAGUUGCUGGGAUCUUCUACAUACUCAUUGUCGGCUUGGGUCUGUCUGUACUAUCGGCCAUAUUUGAGUUCUUAUACAAGACAAAAGUGGAUUCAAAAAAGCAAAACGUCUCAUUCGGAUCGGAGGCUCGUUCCAAGUUUCGGUUGUCAAUCAGCGGCCAUUCGGAUGACGAAUCAGUUGGCGUUAGGACCCCGCUGAGAUCGACGGGCGGGACGUUUACAUAUACAGGACCGGAUAACGUUAGAAAGACACAAACUAUUGUGUAGGAAAGCUCAUUGUGUGGAAAACAAACAGCUGCAGCUGGAACCUUCAAAAAUGGAUUGUUUGAAAUUACCAUGACAACGGCCGAAUCUCUCACACUGCAACUACUGGGCAGGCGAGCUAAUGACCACAGUGCACAUUGUGAUAUCAGUAAUUAAAUGCUUCAUUUUAAAAUAGAUUUCUUUAUUCUAUUCAGGAAAGCACGUGAGUAAAUGUUUUAUUGUUUGAAUCUUUGAAUUUGAUUGUUGUAAAAUAAUAUUUCAAUAUGUUUAAAAAAAAGUGAUAGUAUCAUUUAGAUAUAUACAAAUAACUGUGUCAGUAUGCCAUGUUUUAAGAACAUAAUAUUAUGUGCAUUAUUAAGGAAUAUGUUGUCCACUUUAAAUCAUUUGAUGUACACUUGUUGUAGUUUUAAUGUUAUACAUUGUAUCCAUAUGCAAACUCUUGCUCUUAUUAGAGACAUUCUGGUAGCUAUAUGUUGACAGCUUCCCCCUCCCUUUGGACAUAGUAACACUGUUAUUGACAUCCUUUUACACUAAUUCAUUACAUACUUUCCAAUUUGUUAAGUGCACCCUUAUUAGUAGCUCUUGUUGAAAUUAUAUAAUUAGACGUUCAUCGGUUUGGAUAUUUUCAACAAACUGUUACAAUUUUUUAUUUGUCUCAAAAAGCACUUUUGGAAAUGUCCUUUUUCUAAUUGUUAGAAACUCAUGAUGUCAUAAAUAAGCUUUCGUUAAAAUUCUUACUGUAGUUGUAUGACCAUUGUACAAUGAAGUGUCUGCAAGCUUAUUGACCGAUACUUUUGGAGCCUGCAGUUGUAUUCCUUUAUCAAUCCAUAUACAAUACUGUGUUGUUGGCAACUGCGAGUGAAGACUGUCGAAUCUCUGAGCCAGAAUAACUGACAAGCAAUGUUAUAUACGAGUGUCUUGUUGAAUGACAAUAUAUGUACUUUUAUGACAUGUUAAAUGCUCUAGUUUAAGCUUAGUUAUGUAUAUAUGUGUAUAUAGUAAGACUUCUGAAUGCACAAGCAUGAUAUUCCUAUUUUUAUACUUUCUCGUGUAAUAUUUGAACGCAUGACUUCAUAAUAAGCCUCACGAUUCCCGCAAGGGUUCAUGUGUACAGUUGUCCCACACCCACAUUUUCUAAUAAAAACACUCUU